AUGGCCGAAGUCAGGGAUGAAGGCAGUGCGGUGUCGGAGCCACUCGACCUUGUGCGCCUGUUGCUCGACGAAGUGGUUUGCGUGAAGCUUAGAGGGGACCGAGAGCUCAAGGGCCGCCUUCAUGCUUAUGACAGCCAUUGCAAUCUUGUGCUCGGGGAUGUCGAGGAGACCAUCUACGUCGUUGAUGAGGAGGACGAAGAGGACGUCAAGACUGUGAGCAAGAAAUCCGAGAUGCUCUUCGUAAGAGGAGAUAGUGUGGUCCUCAUAUCCCCCCAAGCACGGUCAUUUUAA